AUGCCAGGCUUCGCGCAGGCUAACGAGCUGCCAGCAUGGAAGGGCCUGAUGGAGCACCACGAGAAGCUGGGCCGCGGCAUGGUCCUUAAGAGCGAGUUCGAAAAAGACCCCCAGCGCUUCGACAAGUACAGCCACACCUUCAAGAACGAGGCCGACGGCGGCGAGAUCCUCUUCGACUUCUCCAAAAACUUCAUCACCGACGAGACCCUCCCCCUCCUCGUCAACCUCGCCAAGGAGGCCAAGCUUGAAGACCUCCGCGAUGACAUGUUCAAGGGCGAGAAGAUCAACUUCACCGAGAAGCGUGCCGUCUACCACGUGGCAUUGAGGAAUGUCAAGAACGAGCCAAUGGCUGUUGAUGGCCAGAGCGUAGUUGAGGGCGUCAACGAGGUGCUCGACCACAUGAAGCACUUCUCCGAGCAGGUCCGCUCUGGGGAGUGGAAGGGAUACACUGGCAAGCCAAUCGACACCAUUGUCAACAUUGGUAUCGGUGGCUCAGAUCUCGGGCCAGUCAUGGUCACUGAGGCACUCAAGCCAUACGGCAAGGCAGGCUACAAGCUCCACUUCGUCAGCAACAUCGACGGCACACACAUGGCCGAGGCCCUCAAGGACAGCAACCCAGAGACCACUCUCUUCUUGGUUGCAUCCAAGACUUUCACUACCGCCGAGACCGUCACCAACGCCAACUCUGCAAAGAAGUGGUUCCUGCAAUCUGCCAAGGAGAGCGACAUUGCAAAGCACUUCGUUGCUCUUUCCACAAACGCCAAGGAGGUCGAGAAGUUCGGCAUCGACACCAAGAACAUGUUUGGCUUCAGCGACUGGGUUGGUGGACGUUACUCUGUCUGGUCCGCCAUUGGUCUCUCCGUCGCCCUCUACAUUGGCUACGACAAUUUCCACCAGUUCCUGUCUGGUGCCAACGCCAUGGAUCACCACUUCAGGACUGCACCACUCGAGCAGAACAUCCCAGUGAUUGGCGGUCUCCUCAGCGUUUGGUACUCCGACUUCUUCGGCGCCCAGACACAUCUAGUAUCUCCAUUCGACCAGUACCUACACCGCUUCCCAGCGUACCUUCAGCAGCUUUCCAUGGAGUCGAACGGAAAGGCCAUCACCCGCAGCGGCGACUACGUAAAGUACACCACCGGCGCGAUCCUCUUCGGCGAGCCCGCCACCAACGCACAGCACUCCUUCUACCAACUCCUCCACCAGGGCACGAAGCUCAUUCCAACCGACUUCAUCCUUGCUGCCAACUCGCACAACCCAAUCGAGAACAACAAGCACCAGAUCAUGCUUGCCUCAAACUACUUUGCGCAGGCUGAGGCGCUCAUGGUUGGCAAGACACCAGAUACUGUCAGGGCUGAGGGUGCAGGUGAUGAGCUGGUGCCACACAAGGUGUUCUUGGGUAAUCGCCCGACCACCAGUAUCCUGGCAGACAAGAUCACACCGGGCGCUCUGGGUGCCUUGAUUGCAUACUACGAGCACGUCACUUUCACAGAAGGUGCGAUCUGGAACAUCAACAGCUUCGACCAGUGGGGUGUUGAGCUUGGCAAGGCCCUCGCGAAGACCAUCCAGAGCGAGCUUGAGGCUGCCGGCGAGAGCACGAAGCACGAUGCUUCCACCAGCGGUCUCAUCAAUGCUUUCAAGAAGAAGGCUGGCAUCCAGUGA